AUGUCUAUAGACCUGUCGCUCGACCGCAUCAAGCUUCUCCUAGCUCAUCUGCCCGUAUACAACCGCCCAACGAUCCACAUCGCCGGUACAAAUGGCAAAGGCAGCGUCUCCGCAUUGGUCUCCUCCAUCCUAAGCGCAGCUGGGCUCAAUAUAGGCCGAUUCAACUCGCCACAUCUGGUCGCAGUCCGCGAUGGCAUCUCCAUCCGCGGCGCGCCCAUCUCUGAAGAAGAAUAUGCGGCUGCACGGGCCGAGGUUGAGCGCGUCGACAAGGAUUGUGGCGCGGGCGUGAGCAGCUUCGAGGUCCUUACGGCGACUGCACUGUUGGCUUUCCAACGCGCUCAGCUCGAUGUGGUUGUGCUUGAAGUGGGCUUAGGCGGACGAUUGGACGCGACGAACGCGAUUCCUGAUGACUGCGUGCUCGUGUCGGCGCUUACUGCCGUCGACCUGGAUCACCAGGCUUUUCUCGGCAACACCGUCGAAGCGAUCGCACGAGAGAAGACGUCCAUCGCGCGUUCAGGACGGCCUUUCGUCGUUGGGCCACAAAAGCACGCCAGCGUCAUAGACGUUGCGCAAGCAGUCGUUGCCGAUGCAGGCGCGGACUGCAUCUUGGCCUCUCCUGCACUCGCACGAGAUUGGGAUGAUGCAGUUGACGGACCGCAUGCGGACCCUUCAACCUUCUCGGCACCACCGCCACAGCCCGUCUCUGUCUCCGUGUCAGGUUUCUCCUCUUCUGUUCCAGCCCAGCUACCUCUCUUCGGUACACACCAACUCGACAAUCUUGGUACCGCAACCGCAAUCAUCAGCACGUUGCUCUCGCAUCCAUCCUGCGUCUCUCGUCUCGCAUUGAGAGAUACACUUUCGCCUGCGAUCGUAUCACAAGGCAUCAAGUCAACGCGCUGGCCGGGUCGUCUCUCGUAUCACAAGCUAUCCGCCAACAAGCUCCCAGGCCUGACCGCCGACAUGAAUAUCUUAGUGGAUGGCGCACACAACGCCGCCUCCGCAACGACACUCUCCGACUACAUCGAACGUAUACUCGCCGCCCAUCCAGAAGCGCCAAUAGCAUUCAUCCUCGCGCUAUCGCACUCUCCACCAAAGACACCGUCCGAGACGCUAUCCGCUCUAUUUGCCUUUGCGCGCAUGAAUAGCACGAAGACCAGGGUAUCAGUCGCCGGGACAGGAUUCUCAUCCGUUGAGGGUAUGCCGUGGGUCAAACCUGUGCUACCAUCCGACAUCACCAGCACUGCGAGGGAAAUACUCCCGGACGUUGAUGUUUGGACGGCGCCGGAUGGAAAGCCGGAACAUCUUGGCGAAGCGUUGAGAUGGGCUUCUCAACAGGCGAAGGAUGGCUUGGUUGUCGUUGCUGGAAGUCUGUACCUUGUGGCGGAUUUCUAUCGCUUAUUAGGAGAUGAUACGACAAACCCGUUGUGA